AUGAGAUGGCGGCUGGCUGGCGGGGUGGGCAUACCACUUGCAGUCACCGUCUUCUGCAUGCUGCCCCUUUACACAUCCUCCACGGGGGAUAUACGUCAUCACGGCACCUCCCGGGCUCGAGGCUGGCGCAGCGGAAUCCAACCUUCUGCUGAUGUGACCGCCAAUAACUCAGUCAGCAACAUAACCGCUCAGUUAGGUGGUACGGCCUACCUACACUGCCUUGUAGGGCAUUUGAGCGAAAGAGGCCAAGUCUCGUGGAUCAGAAAAAGGGACUGGCACAUACUUAGCUCAGGGAAGUUCACAUACACCAAUGAUGAGAGAUUUCAGGUUCUUCACGGAGAAGGGUCAGAAGACUGGACUUUACAGAUCAAAUUCGUCCAGAAACGAGACAACGGCACCUAUGAAUGUCAGGUGUCUACACGGACCGGGAUAGUGUCCCAUUACGUGCGGCUGCAGAUCGUGGUGCCUGAAGCCUUUAUCCUGGGCUCCGGAGAACACCACGUGGAUCUCGGCAGCGUCAUACAUCUCAUUUGCAUUGUGGAAAAGAGUCCAACACCACCACAAUACGUGUUUUGGUACCACAACGACCGCAUGAUCAACUAUGACGCCACCAGGGGCGGCAUCACCGUGGAGACCGAGCCCGGGGCGCGGACGCAGUCUCGCCUCACCGUCCGAGGGGCGACGCUGAAAGAUUCAGGGAACUAUACGUGCAGUGCGAGUAAUACUGAACCGGCGUCGAUACACGUUUUUGUAUCAGAAGGAAGCAACAAAAUGGCGGCGAUCCUACGACGUAACACGAGCGCGAUUCACGGCAUCACAUCCAGCGCCACCUGUCUUUUGCUUUUGUCAUCAGUUCUCCUUCAUUUCGGUCUACGAUGACGGUAGAA